AUGGAUAGUAGUACAAUUGUGCAAUGUAAAGAGAUUGAGAAUGUUGUGGGAGGGGGCGUAGUGUUGUCUGAGAUCACUGGUUCACGUGCUUACGAGCGCUACACUGGCCCUCAGAUUAGGAGGCUUUUUAGUACUGAGGCUGAUUUGUAUGCGGGGACUGAGAGGAUUUCGGUUGUUAGCUCGUGUAUGGCGUCUUUGUUGAUUGGAGAUUAUGCUUCCAUUGAUGAAACUGAUGGUGCUGGGAUGAAUUUGAUGGAUAUUAAGAAACAUUGUUGGUCUAAGGAAGCGUUGGAGGUUACAGCUACGGGUUUGGAGGAAAAGCUUGGAAAGUUGGCACCAGCUUAUGCUACUGCUGGUUCCAUUUCUCAGUAUUUUGUUCACAGGCAGUCAAGAGACAAUCCUAAUAGUUUGGCAGCUUGUGAAAGUGAUUCACACGUACAAGGAGAAAGAGACAUACGUCCACUUCCUGAGCUCGAUGAAUUAAAUGCUGAGAAACAGUAUAUUCAAAGCUCUGGUGGAAAGAUUUUGCCACCACCUCUUAGCAUGCUGCAGGAAUCAUUCCAAAGAUUGUUACAUAAACAAGAUGAAACCAGAGCUGAGUGGGAAUAUCCUUUCGCGGUCGCUGACAUCAAUAUCUCAUUCAUGCUGGCACAAAUAUAAGUGAAAAGAAGAAGACGACUAGGUAAGAUGGUCUCUGACCUAUACAUCACAAAUUUUUUGAUAAAAAAGUGUUUCAUUUAUCUCUCAAUCCCUGCAUGAAUUUCCCAAUA